AUGGAGCUUUUAAUUACUGCUAAGUAUGCUGAGAGUAUGGAUAUACUUGACUUUGUCUUUUCUUUUCCUGACAUUUUGUACGUAUACCUGCUAAAUAGCCAUUCUGAAGAGAACGCCUUCGUUAUUUCUGUUAUUAUUUCCAUUUGCAUGGUAUUUACUAUCGCUCUUUCAUUUAAUGCUAUUAUUUACAACAAAGCGAUAGUUGAUGCAAUGGGAUAUGAUAAGCAGCGCAAUGACAACAAUCUCUUUGUGGAUUUUUUCCUUUUUUCCAAUUUUACGAUGAUAGUUUUUUUCCACUUCUGGGCUAUUAUUUCGCUAUUUGCAAUAUUUGCGCUCAGCUUUAUAGAAGUGUUUGUUCACUUAAAUUACUUCAUGCUGGCUUGCAUUCUGGGGCCAUACUAUUCCCUUUUGGCACUUUGUUACUCGAUUAUCAUAAAUGAGUCUUGA